UACUGCCACCAGAGUGCAUCACAGUUGCGAAAUGUCGGUAAAAGUAUGAAUAGCUGUGUGAAAGAAUAAUUUUUAUUUGUCAAAUAACAUAUAACAUGUAUUGAAUAAUAUAUUAUUAGAAAUUAAGUUACUUUUACAAAGCUUGACAAUUACAAUUUCGCAAGAAUGGAAGAGUUUUUGCAAAACGUAGGCGUAGGUUUAAGGCCCAUCAACGAUCCUUUUUUUGAAGAUUCAUAUAAUGCUUGCAAAAUUUUUCAACGAAAAGGUGUUACUGUUGAAGAUGAUGAAGAAUUAUAUCAUGAAGUCAUAAGAGAAUUUUCUUGUUAUGCCAAUGGUUGUAAAGCCACAUUCCAAACAUUGCUUGAUUUUGAGAUGCAUUAUAACAGCAAUCAUCGAUAUGUUUGUGCAGAAUGUAAAAAGUCUUUACCAAAUCCCAGAUUAUUAGACAUCCAUGUUCAAGAGACUCAUGAUAGUUUCUUUCAAGUUUUAUGUACCAGACAACCAGUGUAUCAAUGUUAUGUUUCUGAGUGCGAUUUAAAAUUUAGUAAUCCAAUUGAAAGAAGAACUCAUUGUAUUAAUGAACACAAAUUUCCAAAGAAUUUUAGAUUUGAUAAUGUUCCAAAUCAUGUAGAAACUGAGUCAAAAGAACAAAUGGAUAUUGAUGAGUCUGCAAGUGGAAAAAAGGAGUUAAAACCUAAGAAAAUAUGGUUAAAUAAAAAUCAGAAACAGAAAAUGUUUACAGUUGCAGCAAAAACUACAGUACCAAGAGACACUAGUGCCAUUGAAAAUCAAUCAAAUCCAUCAAAUGCCACCACUGAUAAAUCUUCUUUAGUUUUUGUUCCAAGACAAGUACAAAAGUCAUAUACAAAAGCACUUACUAAGAAUCAGAGUAAUGAAAAAAAUGUACUUGAAACAGGAUGUAUGGUGGAUUUGGCUGAUUCAUUACCUGAUUAGUAAUAAUAAAAAUAUUUGAUAAGAAAUCAUAUUUUUUCAAAGAAGUUUUUAUUAUAAAUAUAUUUUAAAUAUAGUAACAAUAUUUACAUGUCUAAUGAAGUUUAAGGAAUUUGAAUACUUCCAUGCUAUUGUUAUCCUACUU